AUGGACCACUUCUUGGGUUUCGGUCGACCCCAGGCAGUGGUGGCGGUUGCCGCCCCUGCCUCUUCCGUACCAGCUCCAGUCGUCCUGGCUCCGUCGUCACCGUCGUCGCCGUCCGUAGCAGUGCUUUCGUCCACGUCUAGUGCCCAGUUUGUGUUCACGUCGAGACAUGACGGCCCGACCCCUGUCGACGACGAUGACGACAGAGACAGCUGCAUUUAUGACCCCAAGCUGGAGAACGAGAAGCAGAUUCCAAUGAGCAAGUCGGCCGCGGACGUGCGUGCGAGCCCCGGGGACGGGAGCAGCUACGUGUACGAGAAGCACUACUUUAGGUCGAUCUCGUCAAUGGCGAGCAAGCGCAUCCCGGUACCGGGCGUCAUUGAAGCCAAGAUCAAGACGCUAACCUCCUAUUUAAAGUCGGUCUCUGCCGGCAUUCGACGUCGCAGCACGGCUUUUGACCGCGCACAGGCGUACUACCGCAAGUCCGUGCCGACCCCCGCAGCUAUUCGCACCAAGUUGAACGUUAUCGUAACAAGGCAUAGCAGUGGCGAGCUACAACCGACCACGCUGUCUUGGGAAGACAUUGAUGAAGACGGGUCCAUGAGCUUUGGUGAUUCCACCGGGGCCAUGUCCGCCGCCCCUGUGUCGAGGAAACGAGGCCUUCCAACCGAGAUCUACUGUGGCGCUGAAAUCCGUCAAAUCUGCUCUCGCUGUGCUGUGCCAGAUCGGCAUCUUGAUCAGGUUGUACAGAUCGUCAAGUCGUCGUUCGGCACGCCAGGGUUUGAUGUGAUUGCGCUCGAGGAGUUGAUGCCAGGAAAUGUGGUCGUGUGCGUGGGCAUGCUGAUCUUUGUGAGCAUCGAUGGUGGCGAAGAGUUCUUGGACCUGAGCGUUCUGCCGAGUUUCUUGAGGCAUAUUCAGGAGCGCUACGACGAUAGUAUGCCGUUCCACAAUGCCACUCACGCCGCGGACGUGAUGCAUACGCUUUUCAUGUUGCUGUGGAAUACACGUUUGGGCGAGAAGAUCUCGCACCACAACAAGAUUGGCGCGCUUUUGGCAGCGGUCAUGCACGACGUAGAGCACGUUGGCUUGACCAAUGACUUUUUAAUCAAGACUGGCCACCCUAUCGCACGGAAGUACCCUACAAAGGCCCCGAUGGAGUCCAAGCACAUGGACCUGGCUUUGCAGGCAGUCGUCGACCCUGAGUUUGGCAUCCUGUCCAAGAUGACGCCGGUCUACCAAAACGAGGUACUCGACGUCGUCCGUGAAACCAUCUCCGCGACAGCUCUUAUUUAUCAGCCUGAGCUGCUCGCUGAAGUGAACAACACGACGGCGGACGAGUGGAAGAUGCUCGAGGAAGAGGACACAGUAUUGCCUCAGGGCUUGCAAGUGCGUGCGCUGCGCAUCGCCAUGCACGUGAGCGACAUCAGCCAGACGAUGAAGCCCUUCACAAACCACCAGAAGUGGGUAUUCCGCCUCAACGACGAGCACUACAAGCAGGGCGAGCUGGACAAGCGCGAGCAGUGGCGGGUCAGUCCGUGGUUUUGUUUCCGUGACUUGUGGACGUACGAGAAGUUCCUGGGUAGUCAGGUGUGCUUUCUCAAAGAGAUGGCGCUCCCGGCGGUCGUAGCACUGAAUGGCAUCCCCUGGCUAGACGUGAACGAGCUCGUGAACGGUAUUGAGAACAACAUUGCCGAGUGGGAUCGGCAGGAAGCUGCCGCUACUCACUGA